UUCAAACCAAGCUGAAGAUAAGUCAUGUCCAAGCUACCUCAGGAUCUCAUUGUCGAAAUAUUCUCUAGGCUACCAGUCAAGCCUCUGAUUCGAUUUAAAUGCCUGAGCAAAACAUGGCGCUCAAUGAUCUCCGAUCCUGAAUUCGCCAAGCUCCAGCUCAAUAGAGCAAAGGAGAACCACAACAACUUUAGUUGCCAGAAACUCCUCCUGUCAACUUGGCCUCCUCAAUCUGUAGACUACGAGGCAUUCUGUGAUGGUAAUGUCAGAAUCCUCAGUUAUCCUGCUAUAGUGAAAGGUCCUCUUGACAACUUUUACGUUGGAAUUCUGGGAUCCUGUAAUGGCCUGGUUUAUUUACUCGAUGAUUAUGGCAGCAUGUUCUUGUGGAAUCCGACAACCGGAGACUACAGGGAAUUGCCAAACCCCAAUGGUGCAAUCUAUCGUAUGUUCCGCUAUGGACUCGGUUACAAUUUCUCUACUGAUGAUUAUGGAGUAUUAUUUGCCAGCCAGUUUACUGCUAAUGAUUCUAAAGAAACUAUAGUUGAACUUUACACAUUAAAAACUGGCGCCUGGAGAAGAAUUAAAGAGAUUGAUGCAGUUUCUCAAUCAUAUGGAGGAUAUGGAAUUUUUUGGAAUGGAGCUCUAUAUUGGUUGGAAACAAAAAGAAGUGAUCUUCAUCAAGUUUAUGUAAUUGUUGCAUUUGACAUGGUGGAGGAGAAAUUCCAGGAAGUCCUGCCACUACCGGACCAUUUCAACUCCAAUUGUAUUGUAAGUUUGGGGGCGUCAGGAAAUCGGCUGUGUAUAUUUUGUGAAUGCAGAGGAACCAGUUUUGAGGCGUUGGUAUUGAAUGUGAAUGGCAUUGAAGCAUCUUUGACCAGAUUGUUCAGUUUCCCACAUCACAAAUUUCCUGGAUAUGGAAAUAAUGCUUUGUGCUUGACAGAGAAUGGAGAAGUUUUAAUGGACUGUGAUGGAUGGGAAAUAUACUUGUACAACCCAAAACAAGGUACAAUGCAGAGACUUCAAGUAAUGAAUUAUAGAGAUUCAGAGUCAGAGCUAUAUAUAGAAAGUCUAGUUUCACCCAAUAAUUAA